UAUGCAAAUAUAUAUAACAACUCAACCGGCAAUUAUUUAACUGAGACAAUAACUAAACGUAACACUAUCACUGGUGUUCUACGUCGGGCAACAUCUAAAAAAGUAUAACCUCUAAUUUUAAAUUGUUUUGAAAAUAGAAAAUGAAGUUCUGUGCAAACUUGUCGUUUAUGUUUACGGAAGCGUCGUCGAUUUUAGAGAGAUAUGCCUUGGCUAAGGAGGCGGGAUUCAAGGCGGUCGAAUCUGGGUUCCCCUUUGGUUUCACAUUAGACCAAGUAAAAGAAGCCAAGGAGAAAUCUGGCUUGGAACAAGUGUUAGUUAAUUUGAAAACAGGAGAUGUAACAAAAGGCGAAUUAGGAGUUACAGCAGUACCAGGAAAAGAGAAUGAAUUUAAAGACAAUUUUCACACUACAGUUGAUUAUGCUAAAGCUCUUAAUGCUAGGAAAAUACACAUAAUGGUUGGAAAGCUGGAGAACGCAACGGCACAAAACUGGCAAACAUAUGAGAAUAAUCUAAAGUAUGCAGCUGGUGUGCUGAAAAGUGAAAACCUUCUUGGUGUGAUUGAACCAAUAAACCAGUACUCUGUGCCUAAUUAUUUCUUGAGUGACUUUAAAAAAGCUUUGGAAAUUAUCAAGCGGAUUGGCAGCCCCAACUUAAAAUUGAUGUUGGAUGUGUUUCAUUUGCAACAAAUAUCUGGAGACAUAUCUCACAGUAUCACUAACCUCAUGCCUUAUGUUGGCCAUGUGCAGAUAGCUCAAGUGCCAAACCGCAAUGAACCAGAUACUAACGGAGAGAUAAACUACAAGUAUGUUCUGAAUCACUUGGAAAACAGUGGCUACAGUGAUUGGAUUGGCCUUGAGUACAAGCCAUUGAAAGGAACCAAAGAGGGUCUAAGUUGGGUGACUAACUAUGGAUAUAGUCUGUGAUAAUUAAAUAUUAAACUACUUAGAAACUUUUUAAAUUAUAUUAAGAAAAAAAAUGUUAUCAUGCAUACAAAAUCAAUUUAAUUAUAUACAAUACAAGAAGCAUCACAAUUAUAAAAUAAAUUAUUUUAAUGGGUUUGUUAUGUAAUGAAGAUUAAAAUGUUGGUGAUGAUAU